AUGGCAAUUCUUGUCUUACAGCGAUGUUACAUUAUCAUGAACCUACUCUUUGGUCUAACUUUUGUUCUAUUAAACUCGGCUCAUUGCUUUAACCCAAAAAGAUUCAAUAUUUCUGCGGCAACGGACGGUUCUGAUUGGUCUCAGGCCGGAGCUACGUGGUACGGCCUCCCCACAGGCUACGGCACCGACGGUGGAGCGUGUGGUUAUAAAAAUGCUGUGGCACAAGCUCCCUUUUCGUCCAUGGUAUCAGCCGGAGGUCCGUCGUUGUAUAAGUCGGGGAAAGGAUGUGGUGCAUGCUAUCAGAUAAAAUGCACUUCGAAACCGGACUGUUCAACGAAUCCGGUAACGGUAGUGAUUACAGACGAAUGUAAUGGAUGCGUCGAAGAGUCGGUCCAUUUCGAUUUGAGCGGUACAGCGUUUGGUGCGUUGGCGAGUUCCGGUCGAGAGAGUCAGCUUCGCGAUGUCGGAGUUUUGCAGAUUCUUUAUAGAAAAGUUGAGUGCAACUAUAAUGGCAAAACGGUGGAGUUUCAAGUGGAUAAAGGUUCAAACGCUUACUCGUUCGCGGUUUUGGUUGAGUAUGAAGACGGAGAAGGCGAGAUCAGCCUAGUUGAACUCAAACAAGCGUCGGUUUCUGACACAUGGCUUCCGAUGAACCACUCAUGGGGUGCGGUGUGGAAGCUUGACGUGACGUCACCUUUGCGAGCUCCACUGUCUCUCCGGUUGACUUAUCUAGACUCCCGCGAGACCGUUGCGGCUUCUGAUGUUAUUCCGGCUGGUUGGCAGCCCGGUGAAACGUACAAAUCGAACGUAAACUUUCUGUUGGAAUUAGCUUGAAGAAACCUUAAGCAGCAAGUUACCUAAAUCCUAGUUGUUUUAUGAUUAUGUGUUUCGGAUAAUGAUCAUAAUAUUGUGUCUUUAUCAACUAGGAUUAGGACUAAUGAAAUAGCUAUAAAUAAAGCUAUAUGUCGAGUGUUUGUGUUAUGAGUUUUGUGCUGAGUUACUUUGGAAUCUAAAGCUUAAAGAGAGUUGUUCUUGAAGCUAUUGUUAGCUUGAGUGAUUGAAUAAGAGAAGGACUUCUUAUUGA